AUGAAGGCUAUUGGCUCUAUCGCCGCGCUUGCGGUGACAGCUGCGGCGUUCACCACGCCCACCAUCUGGGAUGAGCCUAUCUCCGACCCCCUUGGCCCGCAGUGGCCUGCGAAUGGACCCGAGGCAAACUCGACCUACGAGUACGUGAUUGUCGGAUCUGGUGCUGGCGGUGCUCCGUUGGCUGCCCGCCUUGCUUUGGCUGGCCACAGUGUCUUGCUCAUUGAUGCUGGCGAGGACCACCACAUGGAGAAGCAAGUUCAGAUUCCAGCAUUGAACGGGUUUGCUAGCGAGUACAACCCUAUCAGGUGGGACUAUUUUGUCACGCACUAUGAGAACGAGACACAGGCAAACCGAGACAGCAAGAUGACCUACCUCACUCCGGAUGGUGACUACUACGUUGGCCUCUACCCACCCGAGGGCUCGGUGAAGCAGGGAAUCUACUACCCUCGUACUGGUGCUCUUGGUGGCUGCACGGAACACAAUGCUCUUGUUACGAUCAAGCCUACCGACAAGGACUGGGACGACAUUGCUGCUCUUACCGGGGAUAACUCAUGGAACCACAAGAACAUGAAUCGUUACUGGGAGAAGCUUGAGGCUUGCCGAUACCUGCCCAACAGCGUCGUCGGUCACGGUUUCAAUGGUUGGCUCCAGACCCGUCUGACUCCGGUCAUUCUGAUUGCCGAGGAUCUCAAGGUCGCAUCUCUUGUCGUCGCUGCUGCCACUGCCAUGGGCAAGGGUCUCUUGGGCGCACUGACUGCUACUGUCACUGGUCUACUUCAGAUCUUGACAUUGGAUGUCAACACUCCCUUGAGCACACGCGACGAUGGUGAGCUGAUCUACCAGAUCCCCAUGUCUGCUAAUGAAAACUAUGCUCGAUCUGGUCCCCGUGACUUCGUCAUCAGCGUUGCCAAUGCCACGAACGCCGACGGCACCAAGAAGUACAAGCUCGACAUCGCUCUCAACACUCUCGUCACCAAGGUUCAGUUUGACACCACCGCAGCUACACCCAAGGCAAGCGGAGUUGAAUAUCUCCAAGGCCGCCACUUGUACCGCGCCGACCCUUUCUCUAGUCAGUCCGAGGAUUCCGGUAUCUCUGGCGCUGUCUCUGCCAGCCGAGAGGUUAUUUUGGCCGCUGGCUCGUUCAACACUCCCCAACUUCUGAAGCUCAGUGGUGUUGGACCCCGGGCAGAGCUUGAAUCAUUCGAUAUUCCCGUUGUCAAAGAUCUUCCUGGUGUUGGUGGCAACAUGCAAGACCGAUACGAGUUCGGUGUCGUUGGACAGGCCAAUUCUCAAUUCGCUCUGCUGAAGGAGUGCACCUUCCUCCAGGGCGACGACCCUUGCUACGACAACUGGAUCAACAAUAUCGGCGCCCUAAAGGGCGGUUACACGACGAAUGGCAUCGCUUUCGGUUGGCUCCACCACUCCUCGGUUGCCGAGGAUGACCCUGAUUUGUUCCUGGGCGGAAUUCCCGCAUACUUGAACGGCUACAAGCCUGGCUACUCCCUCACCUCGACUGAGGACUUGAAGUCCUGGACCUUCUUGACUCUCAAGGCUCACUCGCGCAACAACGCCGGUACUGUCAACAUCACCUCUACCAACCCUCGUGACACGCCCAAGAUAGUCUUCCGGUCGCUUGGCGAAGGCGUUGGUGGCGAGAAAGAUCUCCAGGCCAUUUAUGAGGGUAUGCAAUACGGUAUCAAGGCCUUUGAGAGUCUUAUUCCUCUGGAUGGACCUUUCACACGUGUUUGGCCACCUGCCAACGUCUCAACCGAGGAGGAGCUCAAGCAGUUUGCCCGUGACGAAGUUUGGGGCCACCACGCCUCUUGCACUGCCCCCAUCGGUACUGAUGAUGAUCCGCUGGCUGUCCUUGACUCCAACUUCAAGGUCCGUGGUAUUGAUGGCCUCCGUGUUGUCGAUGCUUCCAUCUUCCCGAAGAUUCCUGGAAUGUACAUUGUCUCUGCCAUCUACAUGGCCAGUGAAAAGGCCGCCGAUGUCAUCAUCGCUGAUGCCACCACCUCAUAA